UGGAUCUGAGUAACAAUGACCUGAAGGAUUCAGGAGUGAAGCUGCUCUCUGCUGGACUGGAGAAUCCCCACUGUAAACUGGAGACUCUGAGGCUAUCAGGCUGUCUAGUCACAGAGGAAGGCUGUGCUUCUCUGGUCUCAGCUCUGAGGUCAAACCCCUCACACCUGAGAGAGCUGGACGUGAGCUACAAUCACCCAGGAGACUCAGGAGUCAGACUGCUCUCUGCUGGACUGGAGGAUCCACACUGCAGACUGGAGAAACUCAAUGUGGAACAUGGUGGAGGGUACACAAUGAAACCUGGGCCUAGAAAAUAUGUCUGUUAUCUCACACUGGACCUAAACACAGUAAACAGUCUCCUCUCUCUGUCUGAGGAGAACGGAAAGGUGACAUGUAGGAGAGAGAAGCAGCCGUAUCCUGAUCACCCAGAGAGAUUUGAGGACUAUAGACAGGUGCUGUGUAGAGAGGGUCUGACUGGGCGCUGCUACUGGGAGGUAGAGUGGAGUGGGAGAGGGGUUGGUAUAGGAGUGACAUAUAAAGGAAUCAACAGGAGAGGAUGGGGUGGCUGUGGGCUUGGAUACAAUGACAAGUCCUGGAGUCUGUACUGCUCUGACCACAGUUACGCUGCCUGGCACAAUAGUAAUCCCACUACCAUAGACGUCCUCUCCAGCUCCCACAGAGUAGGAGUGUAUCUGGACUGGCCAGCCGGCACUCUGUCCUUCUAUAGAGCCUCCUCUGACAUACUGACCCACCUGUACACAUUCACCUCCACAUUCACUGAGCCACUCUAUCCAGGGUUUUAUCUUUGGUAUGAUGGUGCCUCAGUGUCUCUGUGUCAGUGAUACACACACACAUUGAACACACACACACACACAGACACAGACACACUCAUUGGGCACACACACACACACACACACAUACACACACACACACACACACUGGACAUGUACACACACACACUGGACACACACAUUGGACACACACAUAUAUUGGACACACUCACAUACACACAGCCACAAAAAGAUUCACACAAUGGACACUGGACACACACACACUGGACACACACACACACACACUGGACACACACACACACACACA